AUGUAUAUGGCACAAAGCAAGCAGGCAGAGAAGAUACAAGAUAAGCUUAUAGAUGUUGGCCAGAAUAUUUUGGAGGAGACCUCAGAGUUCCUUCCCCAACAACCGCAGACCACCAAUUCCAGGCAGGCCUUCAACUCCCACAGCCUCUCCCAUGGGCCCUCUGUGGCCUCGGAGUACCUGCCAUUCUUCCGCACCAAUGGGUCAUUGGUGACUGAUAUGGAGGGGACUCCAUGGCCCGAAGCCUGUAAGGAUCAAGAAGAAGGCUUGGGUGUUAGAGAAGUACCCUUUCCGGAGGACUCUACAACACUCAGUGGGUUCUUCCCUUACUACCGCUCUGAAGAGGAGAUUUUCCCCAGCCUGGUCCUUCCUGGCAGGCACUUAGAGGACUCUCAGGAUGCUCGCACCGUGAGGAAGGCACAGGAUGGCUGCUUCUGCAGGAUGACUGGAAGCAGUGAAUGUUCUGCGCUGCUAGAACUGCUAAGUGAAAUUCCACUCAGCAGCACCAGCCUCCCUAGCCUGGGAGUUGCCGCCCUCUCCCAGCCGGUGUGCUGCGCCUUUAAGGCCCACAGGGGGCGUGAUAUCAGAGGCCCGACGGCUCUUGGAGAGGCGAGGCGCCGCCCAGCAUUGGCCAUGGGCAGUUUCCAGCUGGAAGACUUUGCGGCGGGCUGGAUUGGAGGUGCAGCCAGCGUCAUUGUUGGACACCCUCUAGACACUGUCAAGACUCGCCUGCAGGCCGGUGUGGGCUAUGGGAACAUGCUCAGCUGCAUUCGCAUGGUGUACAGGAGGGAAAGUGUGUUUGGCUUCUUCAAGGGCAUGUCCUUCCCCCUUGCCAGCAUUGCUGUCUACAAUGCAGUAGUGUUUGGGGUCUUCAGUAACACUCAGCGGUUCCUCAGCCAACACCGCUGCAGAGAGCUGGAGACCAGCCCGCCCCGAACCCUGUCUGACCUGCUCCUGGCCAGCAUGGUAGCCGGUGUGGUCUCAGUCGGACUGGGUGGGCCCGUGGACCUUAUCAAGAUCCGGCUGCAGAUGCAAACACAGCCCUUUCAAGAAGCCAACCUCCAUUUGAAGCCUAGGGUGGUGCCUCUGGGGGAGCAGCCAGCAUACCACGGGCCUGUACACUGCAUGGCUACUAUUGUGCGGAAUGAGGGUCUGGCAGGCCUGUACCGGGGUGCCAACGCCAUGCUCCUGAGGGAUGUCCCAGGUUAUUGCCUCUACUUCAUCCCCUAUGUGUUUCUGAAUGAGUGGAUCACACCUGAGACCAAUGCAGGCCCCAGUCCCUGUGCCGUGUGGCUGGCAGGAGGCAUGGCAGGAGCAAUUUCUUGGGGGACAGCAACUCCAAUGGAUGUCGUGAAAAGUCGACUUCAGGCUGACGGGGUUUAUUUCAGCAAAUAUAAAGGUGUCCUGGACUGUAUCUCCCAGAGUUACCAGAAGGAAGGUCUUAAAGUAUUUUUCAGGGGCAUCACCGUGAAUGCUGUGCGGGGUUUCCCUAUGAGCGCAGCCAUGUUCCUUGGUUAUGAGCUCUCACUGCAAGCAAUCCGUGGGGACCAGGCUGUGACGAACCCUUGA